AUCAGCCCGAACCUACGUCUGGCGGGACUUGAGAGCUCACGUCAAUAUGUCUAGAACCACUUACAAGAUCUAUGUUGGUAACCUCCCCCCAGAUACCAAAACCAGGGAUAUUGAGAAUCUGUUCUCAAAAUAUGGACCGAUCGCAGCUAUCGACCUGAAAGCUGGACAGAGGCGCGGCCCACCGUUUGCGUUUGUUGAGUUCGAGGAUGAGCUUGAUGCAUCAGAUGCUGUUCGUGGACGCGACGGCUAUAACUUUGAUGGGUAUGCAUUACGUGUAGAGCUGCCACGCACGGCGGGCUACAACAACGGGGGUGGCCAGAACUACAACCAAUUCCGACGAGGAGGCUUCAACCGAGGAGGCGGGGGAAGUGGACCGUCUCGAAGGUCGGAUUUCCGUGUAAUUGUCACAGGGUUACCGCCUACUGGGAGCUGGCAAGACCUCAAAGAUCACAUGCGAGAAGCAGGUGAUGUUGGCUAUGCAGACGUAUUCCGCGACGGCACUGGUGUGGUUGAGUUUCUGAGGUACGAGGAUAUGAAGUAUGCAAUUAAACGUCUCGAUGACUCCAAGUUCCGUUCCCAUGAGGGUGAGUCGUCGUAUAUCCGUGUUCGGGAAGAGAGGGCCGGUGGAUCUCGUUCCAGGUCACGUUCAUAUGGUUCGCCACGCAGAGGUCGUUCCUAUGAUUCAUGCUCCAGAUCAAUAAGCCCUCGACGCUGAAGUAGGACAAAUGUGAGAGUUUGUACGUAAUUCAAAUUUAAUGUUAUAAUCCUUUUAAUCCACGACUGCACGGACUCAAUACAAUUCUCUUGCUUUCGAAGGUCUUCUGGAUGGUGGACAAAGGAGAGGAUAGUCCGUAAGGAAGGGACUGGAGAUUGUUAGUUUUGGGACCAGAGGAUGGACUCGGAACACUUCGAGGGAUAGGACUACUGAGGUAUAAUGCCACACUCGUGGAUUGGUGGAUGCAUCCUACCACACGGAAGGCUAACGGAGGACUUCAUGAUUCUGUUACUGUGGAUGGAAAAGGACAUAGGAGCUUGUUGUGGAUUCUAAGUCUGAAAUGGCACCGGAGGAGUGUGAGACGGACGGUAGGACGUAAAUUUCCGAGGAAGCUUGGAUACCGCUUAAGGAUGCACUUUGGAUGUCUUGGAUUUGCUUGUGGAUGUUUACAGUUGGAUAACUACGCAUAGGUUGCAGUUCAAGCUGCCAGGAAUUCAUUAAUUCUGUAAGUUCCAGGAAAGUAAGCUCAUACAAAAUUGGAACUAAGGGUGCUGCCCGGAACCUAACGGUCUGGUGUACGGGAACAGUCUGCAUCCACCAAAUCUCUCGGCAUCUCAUCUGCAGUCUACUCCAAAAGGCAUUGGCGGAUUUACUCAAAGGCUAUCAUAGCUGCUCGAGUUAAGUGUUCUGUGGACGUAGGUAGAUGUGCAAACCAUGGAGUGGAUAAUCAAUUGAAAUACCAGUAAACAUAGAUUUCACAUUUGAACUUGGACCUUUAUUUGCUUUACUGCCAAAUAAACUCAAUGUCUUACGUUGGUAUAACCUGUUGGUUUUCUAAAGUUUCUGUAUUCAGUGGAAGUUACAUUUCGCAAAUCUAACAUGGCUUUCGCAGGUCACACGUUCCCGAGCCGUUAAGAUCUACAAGAUGACGUCCCAACUGAACAGAGUCAAUUUCCCUCCCAAAGUGAGGGUCAAACUCGAGGGAGUUACGUUUAAAGUGGAGCACGUUGUCAACCUCAGGUGUAGACCUAACGAAUGGCCAACAUGCAAGUAGGGGUGGUAGGUCGUCUUUUCUGGGGUUUCGCAGCGCCCAUGGAACAAUCUGGGUCGCUCGUGGUCGGGGCUAUUGCUAAGUGUCAAAGUGCGGGGUCCUUAACAUCGAUGGGUCUCUGCUUUUGAUGGUAGUUAGAUUGCCCAGAGUGAUCAUGGAUGGCAUCUAUGGGUAGCAGACCACUGACUUCCUCACUGAGAACCUGUAUGAAUGUUGAAGAGAGUAAUAGCGGGUGAAAGGUUGAGCAGGGUCUAGCGAUUGAAGGCUCAGCAGGCUUAGGAGCCAAGUUCAUGGGGCUUCGAUUGGUUGACGUGACCCACUCCUGUGGGGAAGACCUCGCGGUUCCACUACUUAGUGAAUGCAGCCGUGAAUUAUGAUAGCGAAGAAGCUUUCCAGUAGUUACCAGGUGAUAGCUUUGUCGCACUAGUACCAUCUGCAGCGCGACUGCUUGGGUGAGCACACUUAUUUGUCGCUGUGAGAUCAUGCUGAAGGAGAGGUUGAAGACAGGUCUGUCGACAGUCUGGUUGCUUCCCGUUCGUGUAGUCUUUGUGCAGCGAUCUCUCACUUGAGUUGUUAGCAACCGGUCUCGAUGUCCUUUUGCGCCUAGCUCGAGGGUAUUCUAGCCUGAGUCAUUUCGAAGUAGAGUUGUGAGUGUCUCCAUGUCGCCCGUAGACUCCAGAGGCAGUAUUUGGACAGAUUUGCGGUCGAUAGAGAUGAGGCAGGCUAGUGUAGGGACCAGUGGUCCUGUCACUGCGAAGUUGCUGCAUCUGCAAUUACCACUUGCCGGAUUAAGACCGGGAACGGUCGUGGUGUCACAGUCCUUGCAACCGGUGUCGCCCAGUUCAGUAAUGUUGUUGUUCACAACUCCAGCUUUUGACUAUGAUUGGCUGGGUAGUGACUAUCUGGUGGUAUGGUAACCGCUGGCUCUACCAACUCCAUUGUCCUACGAUCGAGCACUUUUCCCAAGAGAUCCACGUGGGACGGGUUAUGUCUGGUGUGUGGAACAAGCAGGAUGGUUUACUGCGUAUGUUGGGGACUGGGAGUUGCUGUCGUGGUUUCAAUUAAGGUCAACCUAUAUUUGCGGUGGGAUGCUUGGUGGCAAUUAUUUUCUUGCACUAAACGAUGUGUUGGUACCCGUGAUCACUGGGCUACUGGAUUUCUACACGACAAUUUCAUGAAUGUGUGUAUACCGUAUUACGUAGUCCAUCUGAACUCAUCCCGUAUAAAACGUUUGAGUCCAGGCGGGUGUGGAAAGUGUUAUGUGCAGCCGUAUCCUAGAGCGGUGGCUGCGUUUGAAGGGGGUGGGGUUAGGCAUCCUCGCGACGCGGGUUGCUGCAUCUAAUACGUCCGGAUCAGGUGAGAGGCUAGACUCUGAGCACCAGAAUGUCAUGUAUAAGAACUAUAACGAGGAGGAAUCAGCUGGUUCGUAUCGGAAUUUCAUCAGGAUAUUCAAACGGGUCAGCGUCAUACUUGACUAGUCUGAGCGCUGUAUAACGCCAGGCGAGGCAACAGGGAUACAUGCUUCGCUGGGUCCACAAGAGGGAUAGACGAAGAGGCACACACGGCGUCCACGACAACAACGCCAUGCUCGAAAAGUCCUGUCCAGCAUUCUCUCACAAUCGGCGUUGAGUUUUAACGAUUGCAAUCUCUUUCGAACAGGAUUGUCUUGGUCUCUUCCCCUUGUCCUGCAGUGGUUUGAGAGUAAGCAAAGCACUGGCACGUUGUAUGUUAAAUGACAAUUUGCGUACUGAGUUGCAUCGCUUAGUUCUUGCUUCCGGAACUGACCAUCUGAGAGGGAACAGCCGGAAGGUGUGAAGAACGUGGUCGCAGUGUCUAUACUCGAAAGUGGGUUUCUCACACCUAAUCGUGAUUAGGUCACACUGCUUACCGCGGUAAGUGACACCUGGAUCUCCUGAUGAUAGAUACUAUCUAGGCGAGACUGGUAAUCGCGAGGAUUAGUGUAAAUCACUUGUCUCGCUGUGCAUAUUCCUAAAGAGUGGAGGCAGUUGACACUUUGAAUGCGUGUGGUGUUUUUAAGCAGUUUUAUCAAAAGUUUUGUCAUUUGUUGUUGUCGGCUUGAGCGUUUAACAGGGUACUGGGUGUUUGGAUGGUUCGGCUCAAUGAAAUCAAUGUUGUGUGAAUACGUAUGCCUUCACCCAGUUUAGGUACGAGUACUAGAUAACGUGUGACUAUGUUGGUUGGUGUUGUUUCUUUCUGUUAUUCCAGGUUACAGAAUAAUAAUAUGAAACGGCGUUCUUAGCUUGGAAUGUGUGCCUAGGAGUUUCUGAUCUGCUGUGAGCCAGUAUUGUGUGGUUAGGAUAUUGUUAUAUGAAUGUUUGGACUACGCUGAUUGUUUGUGAACAAAUAAUCUAGGCCUAUGGAUUCAAGAUAAUCAAAUUAGAGAGCAGCUUUUAGUUCUAAUGUGGUGAUUCAGUUCUUGUUUGUUAGUUUGGUUGAUGCCAUCUAUAGGAAUCCGCGGACUUAGAUUUUCAUGCUUGUUGGCAUUCGUCAGCAAGGCGUAUCUGCAGCCUUCAUGGGACUGAUGUCCCACCUGAGAUUCGUAUCCGCGUCGCCCAGUGCUGUAAUCAGGGUCGUUACCACUGAGCUGUUCGGGCCGCAUUCCCAAUGGAAGUAGAGUUCUGUAGUUGACUGAUAAUUCUGUAAACUUAUGAAGUCAUCCCUAUCAAGUUACUACUAGAAUUUUUGAGCUGCCUGUAGGAAGCUCUAGUCGUGCAUUUCAAUCUGUAUUUUUAACAGGACAUCUGUAUGAUUGUCUAUCGAUAAGCACACUUAGCUGGAUACCAUUUUGUCUUGCGAUGCAACUGAAAGACGGUCGUUGAAUGUUGACGUAGGAAGGCUGAUAGUUUUCGAAGCGUUAUUUGCAUUUAAUUGAAAUAAGGAUGGGUAUGACAUGUAAGGAGCACACCUAGUCAUAAAAUACCAGGAUUAUCUGUUUGGCAAUACGACUAGUAGAUCUCUUCCAAACAGCAAAAUUUGAUAUGCCAUGUCAGUUUACAGAAUAUAAGUGACCAUGUAACGAAACAAAUCGCGGAGAAAAUACGGGUGAAAGCUGAAGCGUGAGGCAAUCAGUCACAGUCUACUAAUAUGCAACUGUUCUGUAAAAGAUCAGAUAGAAGUAACACGUUACGUUUUUACCAUAAAAGUUUCGUGAGGAUUCACGUAUGGGAUUUCAACAAUGGAGAGAAAACUUGUUUUAGCAUCUAGUUAGUUCUCAUAGAUACUCUUAAGCAGUGCUCGGUACAACAUGAAGAACCAACCUAAGUGUAAGUGCACAACUGGAAACAACUCAACCUUUUGAGCAGACAUUUGUUCUCCACUUCAGUUACUGAUAUACCAUAAUAUCAUCCGCAAAACAAUUGCGACUCAAAUGGCUCAGCACUGUCGAAAGAGGGAUGUUACAAUUGAAGUAGUUCGUAGGAGUAUAAGAAAGCAAGUAUGGGCAAGAAUCGUUAAAUCGGAUAUUAAGUGUAGUCAUUCUUGGUGUUUACCGUGAAAUAUAUGCUCGUCGUUUCCAGAAUUAUAAUUUUCACUGAGUAACUGAUCUCAUACGUGUAAAUCGCCUAUCUGAACAUUUGUUUGUUACUAUAUUGCAUGUUGAGCUCACUGUCUACUUUUUCCAUCUGGAUGAGAACUGUCCACAGUUAUGUCCUUUUUAAAUGCCAACCAUUUGUGAGCUAGAAGAUAUAGAAAUAGUAAUAGAGCCUAAUCCCAGUCGAUAGGUGGAUAUGGAGUGAAUUUGAAAACCGUCACCGUUUCUUUGAGAGCACGUGUUAAGUGGGUACAGGACAGUUUGAACAACCAAGCUUUGGCUUCGAUGAACUCAGAAGAAUCAGUUGACAAACUUCAGCAAGCUCAGCCUGACAGAGAACGUAUUUAGUAUAGAACUAGGUAAUCUGAGAAGGGCAGUGUGAACAGAUUUCGCCAUGUCGUAUACCGUUGCAUCCUAUCUAGCUGCUUACAGACUGAUAAUAUGGUAAUGAAAUGAAUUCAAGAAAACGUCAACUUGUCAUAACUAACAGAUCAAAAUGUCAAGGUGGUUAUGGGUCAACUACUAAGUCUGAACCUGGAUAUCGGACUUCACGUUUUCAAUCCAGAUAACCUCUGUGAACUGAAGAGAGACGUCAAGUUAAAUAUCUUUCCUUUGGUUAUAGCUGGUGGUCUUCGGCUUUUACUCAAGUUGAUCUCAUUGCUACCACCUGAUAACCAACUUGUGACUAAUUAUUUAAAUUUCUUUUAUUAAAGUACUAACUUCACACAACCGAAUUUUAACUGUUUUAUUCCGAACUUCCACUUCAGGCUUGCCUGAUACCUUCCAAUGAAUUUUGGAUGUAUAGUAUACUGAUCUUAGUCCGUUUCUCCAAUUUACUACUAAUUAGCCUGUAAGAACUAAAGAGAAUGCAACGAGGUACAAUUUGUACUUCAGAAUUUUUCUCUAUUACCCUGUUCGAAUUCGUAAAGGUAAAUAGUUUUUCUGUCGACUAGGUAAUCUGUUAAUUGGAGGAGACUGCUUAUAUCUAGUUUGCCAUAAGGUCAGAAAUUGUUUCAGACGGGGUAGUUAAUCUCUAAUGGAUGGAUGGAUACGUAUUCUGACUAACUAAAAAGCCAAAUGCAAAAUAAGCUUCAAUUUAGAUUGAAAAGCUGGAAAAGUGCGACGACUGCAGGUGGAGUAGAUGUUCAGGUUUAUCAACAAAACUGACACGAUGAGUUGAGACUCAUCGGAAAGGUGGAUCCAACCACAAAUGAAAAGAUAACCAAAAAUCUUGAAGUCUUCGACUACUCUUUAGCUGCUUACCAUUUACUUGGAGUCCGACCGGAAAAAAAUUGCAGCAAAAGAUUUAAAACUGACUGGUGCGGUCCUACUGGGGUACUUAAAGUAGUGACCAUAAGUUAGUUAACCUGGGUGAGGUUUUUACGCACAAUACUUUUGACCAUUCUCUUUUAUUUUAGUCUACAAAUAAGGCCGAUUUAGUUCGGUAAAUACAGUUUGACUUAUUCGACAGAUAAUUUCUCCGAUCUAAAGGUCGCUGGUGAUGUGAUAUCUAACUUGGUUUCAUAUCUAAUCACUCUGACCUAAACUUCGUCUUCCUCUGAAUUCCAGGAGAGAAAUAUCUACUGCAGUUUGUAGCUAUUGCCUGCUGUUGGAUGCGGAGCUUGACCCUAUCGGUUUGAGGCGUUCGCUUUAGUGUCUCCAUCUAGAAUGUGUAGAAAAUGGCACCUUUAGAGGAUACGAAGAUUUAACCUAGCCCUUGUGAAAUUGUUCUAUUUAUAGCAUUGAAAUAUCCGAAAGCCAGUUGAAAAUCUUAGGUACUGCAAUUAAUUUCACCUUGUCCAUCUAUAUUGUUAUGAAAAUUGCCAGUAAUAGUGAAAGAUGUAUCAAGUCCAUAGAUAAUGAAGACCGUUUCCAUCGUAAAAUCAUUUGAAUGUAGUGAGACAGUAUCGAACUUCUCUCCUGCUUCAAAUCAGUUGUAACUAAACACGAAUAGUUUACUUGAUUUCGGCUUGAACUUAACAAGCGGAAAUCUAGACAUCACGCAGUUGUAAUAUGUAAGCUACCUAGAUGGAACAAGGUGGAAGGAGCUGGUUUGGUACUUCCUAUGCUGUUUGCCUAUGCGCUUACUGAAUAUAUUGUUUCUCUGAUGCAGGAUCUGAGGUUAACACCAUAGCAGAUGAACUUGUUAGAGGCUAUUAGACUGCAUGUACAACUGUAGUGGUCACCAAAAAGGGGAGAUCCUAUCUAUUGCUGGUCUGAUCACGGACUGAUUUACAUGAUAGCUGUAUUCAACUAGCAGAUUCUUUGAAGUGAUGCAUAAGCUAGUUUCUAGACAUCUGUUAAUAUGAAAUUCAACUUUAAAUGAUGUAUAUGAAUCCACCUCGGUAGCACAAAAGCAUUAACGCAUUAUUUUAAUCUUAAUUGUCAUAGUAGGUGAAAGCAGCGCACAACUUAGUACAAAAGUGCAUCGGUUCACGUUUUUGCACUUAACAGGAGCAUAAAAGACAAGGUUGGAUAGAAAAAUGAUAUUUAGGUAAGUCAAAGUGUGCGGACCAAAUUGCAAUGCUACGCAUCAUCAUAGAAUAGAGUAUAGAAUGGCAGUCAACUCACUCUACCCCAACUUCAUCGAUUUUGAAAAGGCCUUCGACAGCGUCGACCGACAAGUAAUUUGGCAGCUGCUUCAAUACUGCGGUUUUAGUGACGGAAACCUUUGUCAACCCCAUUCAACAGCGACAUGAAGACCCCACGUGCCAAAUGAUUGCCACUGGAAAGCUCAGUGAUGCCUUUGAAGUGAAGACAGGAGUAAGAUAAGGCUGCCGCCCACUAUCACCGAUGAUCUUCCUGAUUGGUGUAGACUGGAUCAUGCAGCAAACCGCGGGAAGCGAGAAGACGGGGAUACACUGGUUCUAUGGAAAGGCCUUAGAAUAUUUGGAUUUCGCCAAAGAUGAUGAUUUAUGUCUAAUGUCACACAAGCUCGAAGAUCUACAGGCAAUAACCAACAAGUUGACAGAAGAGGCAAGGCAGCGAAGACAGAACUUCAAGUGAACGUAGAGAAGACAGAAGUGAUGAAGAUACCCAACCAACAACAACAAGAGGCACCAAUCACCAUCAACGAGAGAAACCUAAAGAAAGUAGUCUCUUUCACCUAUCUACCUAGGCAGCAUCGUUUCAACCACAAGUGGCACAAAUGAGGACGUCGAAGCCAGGAUCGGAAAAGCAAGACAGAUCUUCAUCAAUCUGAAACCAGUGAGGAGAUCUACUGCACUGAGCACAUAGAACAAGAUCCGGAUUUUCCACACCAAUGUCAAGUCAGUGCUUCUAUAUGGUUCAGAAACUUGGCGCGUUACGAAAAGCAUUUCCAACAAACUACAGAGAUUCAUCAAGAACUGCCUACGCUCGAUACUGAAGAUCAGAUCAGAUGGUCAGAAAGAAUAAGCAACAAGGAACUCUGGUCUGGCAAAGGACCAACCAAAAACCUAUCACCCAACAAAUAUAAACUGGAAGGAAGUGGAGAUGGAUUGGACUGGUCAUACACUGAGAAAACCAUUCGGAGACAUCACUCGCCAGGCACUCGAGUGGAAUCCAAUGGCGAAACGAGGAGUUGGGCGUCCCAGCUGAGGGUGACAUGGAAGAGAUCAUGUGAGGAAGAAGUGAAAGCUUGUGGGCAGCGGUGGAGUUAGGUUCAAAAGACUGCAGAGAACAGAGUGGGAUGGAGACGUGCUACUGAAGCCUUAUGUUCGACUAGGAACCCAAGGGACAAAUAAUAAAGUGUGCAGGGGUAGAAAAAAAUUAAAAAAAAUAUAAUAUAUGGUGAAAAUGUUCAGUCUUCCGAAGAUUUCAACGAGUAGAUACACCGGAACCAUCGCAACCGGUUUUCAGCUGCUUAGAUGAGCUGGUCGAAAGACUAUGAGAUCAUAGUUUAUAUACUGAUUGGUAAGUACUUCAGAGAGGGAACCCAAAAAAGGAUCUGCAAAGAUUCAACGAUGCAUAAGUGUGCAGUGAUACUUAGGUGCUAACUCCUAAAGAGAAAGAAACAUAUCGUGAGUUCUACUACUGAUCACUAUCAAAAACAAUCUGAGUAUAUCCAAGCGUGAUACCUAAAGCUAUGUGUAAAACAUUCAAAUGUUAUAAACAAACCAGUUGAUUGAAUUUCUUCAAUGGAUUAUGAGGAGCUUCACUUCUGAUAACAAAUACAUAUGGAGAUAGAUUGACGAAUCAACGUAGAAGCUUGCACUGAUCAUCAGUUCAAGUUGCCAAACUCCACAGGGGGAGGGAAAAGAAGUUUGUAGAGAAAGGAAUAUUUAGGUAGACAUUUGUCAGAGGCAGAAUAUAUAAUAGAUGAAGGUUCACAAAAUGUUCAAAACUUGACUACUGCAAAAAGUGAGUAGAUUUGCAUAGUAGUAACCGGUUUUCUAC